AUGAGAGAGAUGCAGCAACGAGAAGAAAAUUCACAAAGGCAGUUGAGAGAGAUGCAGCAACGAGAAGAAAAUUCACAAAGGCAGUUGAGAGAGAUACAGCAACGAGAAGAAAAUUCACAAAGGCAGUUGAGAGAGAUGCAGGAACGAGAAGAAAAUUCACAAAGGCAGUUGAGAGAGAUGCAGCAACGAGAAGAAAAUUCACAAAGGCAGUUGAGAGAGAUGCAGCAACGAGAAGAAAAUUCACAAAGGCAGUUGAGAGAGAGACAGCAACGAGAAGAAAAUUCACAAAGGCAGUUGAGAGAGAUGCAGCAACGAGAAGAAAAUUCACAAAGGCAGUUGAGAGAGAUGCAGCAACGAGAAGAAAAUUCACAAAAGCAGUUGAGAGACUGUGACUGGAUCAUUGCUCGCCACGAAAUUCUGAUGCCAGACAAAUACCUUGGGAGGGGAGGUUGGGGAAGUGUUUAUGAAGGAGUAUAUUGUGGGUGUGCUGUAGCAGUGAAACAAAUCCAUGAUUUGAUGCUUUCUCCACAUAACAUACGCCUCUUUAAUAGAGAAAUGGAGAUUGCUUCAAAGUGUCAUCACCCUCAUUUACUACUGUUUAUCGGGGCCACAAAUGACAAAGAAAGCGCUCUGUUUGUAACCGAGCUCAUGGAAAACAAUCGGAGGACUCUGUUGGAGCAGCGGCAACUAUCUGAAAGAGAAAUACGAGCCAUUUCUUUGGACGUGGCUCGUGGACUUAAUUAUCUGCAUCAUAAAAAACCAGUACCCAUCAUUCACCGGGCUGUCAGCAGUGCUAAUGUGUUGCUAUGGCGACAGUUUGACCAAUGGAGAGGCAAAGUGUCAGAUUAUGGCACUUGUAAUUUCAUGCAACAGACCAUGACAGUGGCUCCUGGAGCUAUGAUUUACAGCGCACCUGAAGCACUUACAUCAAACCAAACAGUCAAGGUUAGUUUAAGUGAACAUUCAAGACUUUUUACUUACUAAAACUGUACACUGAAAGCUAACAGUGGCAGAAGUGAAAGUGACCUUUGUCCUUUCGCCCUCUUGUCCUGUCCGCAAACACUUCAACAUUCUUGAAUUAAAAAUGACCGUAUCUUUGUCAGGAGUCUUUGCACCUUGUUCGGCACUUUUUCCACUCUUUUAUGUUUUUCUCCAUGGAUUUGGUCCACGUGACUGGAUUUGAUAAUUUGUCCCUUCUUUUCUCUAAAGACAACGGUUAGAGGAUUGCAAAAGUUAGUAUUUUUAGAAACAAAACAAUAAAGCCAAGAACUUACCUUGAAGGCUUUUAAGGAUCUUCUCUUUUCUAGGCUUUUCUUAUCAUUUAUCGAUGAUCAUCUAUUUGGUUUGAAUUCUCGAGAUUCUCCCUCUGGUGUUACUUUAACUCUUUUUGUAAUCAGUAUACCACUAAUGAGUAAUGUAAAUAAAGAAUACUGUGGCAUAAAGUCAUGUAUUAUGAUUGUUUUUAGGUUGAUGUCUGCAGCUUUGAUGCUCUUCUCUGUGAAAUGUGCAUCCGGGAACUGCCAGAUCCUACAAGGCGAGAAGAACAAGUCGUGCUGGUAACGAACGCUGUGUUUCGCGGCCUGGUACGGCGAUGCCUGUUGAGAUAGCCUGGGACGAGACCAACCAUGCAGGGAAUAAUCGAUGAACUGAAAGAUGCCAAUGUAUCAUCUUAAUUGUAGAACCAACGCUUCACCAUAUCAUUGCUAAUUCCUGGUAAUGUGUGCCCUUAGCCUGUUCCAGUCGUUCAGAUAGUGGGGAGUGGCGCGCGCUUUUAUUUGCGUAUUCCCCACUAUCUGAAUGCCUGUGCUCUGAAAAUUGGAGAGGGCCCGGUGCUCUGAACCUGUGAAGGUUGUGAAAUCCAGGGUACCCAGGAUUUGAUUUAUGUGAAAAAAAUACUUCCUUUAUGCCCAAGUGCAAGAUUAAGGCACCAGGGACUACCGGGCACUUGCAGAGAAAGCCCUGACUGGGCGUUUACUGGUAAAAAUAGCAGCAGUUUCUGCUUGAAGAUUUAGUAUGGCCGGAUUUUCUGAUAUGAAUAAGUGUCUGUAUGAUCGUUAGAGUAGCAAAAAUGAAAAAUGAUAGCUUUAUUUUUACAUAUGCAAUACAUUACUUACAAAAUAUAUUUUUUCAUUUAUUCAGAUAUUGCUUUCUUAUGCCUGAACUUAUGAAGGUCAUAGAGCCGAAGUAGACCGCAAUAUAAAUCAAAGAUAGGAGUAGAUAAUGUAACCUGCGUCGCAGACGUAAUCUUAAUCCGGUUUAUAAUUUAGUAGUAACUUUCUUGUUCUGGGCCCUCAACGGACUGAAAGAAUUACCGGAAAUGCGUUUCGAUUUUCUCCUCCAUCUGAUUUACAAAUUAAUAAUGGUUUUUUUCAGUGGGUAACUGGCCAAUGAUAGCGCGUCCUCAAAUCCUGAUACACAGGUGGGGGCCUGAUUGAACAAGGGUUUCGGCGCUGUUUUGAAGACGAACUUAACAAGAGGCUUUAGUUCCACCGUCUGUGGCGCAGGCUAUAGAUAGGGCGCUUAUUACAAGUUGUAGAAUGCACAAUUAAACACGCGUAGUGGUUAGCAGUUACGGUAGACAUCAAAGAAGACAUUUAUAUUUGAGUUAAAACAGGGUGUACUUUAAUUCCAAUGAAGUAGGUUGUAGACGUGAAAUAGACUAACUUGACUGAAGAUACCAGUAGACAUGUCGCUUGUAACAAGUUUUAGGACAUAGAAUUAAAUACGUCCAAUAUUAAUUAGCAAUAACGGCUGACAUUUGUAUGUAGAGUUUCCUAUACUGGAUAUACGUAACGUACUUAUAAAGGGGGAUUCGUUCCUUAAUUCCUGUGUUACAUACUUAUGAAGUAGGUCACGGAUCAAUAUAGACGACUAAAUUGACUGAAGAUACUAGUAGAUAUGUCGCUUAUAAAAAGUCAAUUAGGAUAUACCACUGAAUCCGCGUGUAGCUGAGUAGGUCACCUGCUUAUGAGGUCAUACAAAUGAAAUAGGCCAUGUUAAAUAUACAAUAUUGAGUGAAGACAUAAGUAUAUGAUGGCUUAUGAAACGUUUUAGCGUUUAUGAUUAAACUUGCGAGUUAGAAAGCAAUUGUGAUCAGUUAGAGUUUGCUAUGUAAUGGUUUAUUUGAAAAAUCGAAUGCUCAUCAAUUCAGAUAUUACUUACCUAUAAAGUACGUCAUUCACGUAGAAUAGACAAUAUUCAAUAAUAAGAGAAACGAGUAGAUGUGUCGCUUAUAUUUGCGUUUUCUAUUCAACGGGUAAGUCGACUUAUAGAAUAGGAUUUUACCCCAAUAACUUAUUAAGUAUACAGUGAGUAUAGGUCGUACCCUUAAAAUAGACAAAUAUUUUAACAGAAACGAGUAGAUUAUCUUGCUUUUUGCAAGUCUUACAGGACAUUCCAUAAUUAUACAACUAUGGCGGCUUUUAAAGCCGAGGUUGAGGCGAUUUCUGUCUGUUGAGGCUGUUAUGAUGAGGGUGUGUCUUGUUUCGAGACCACAAUGCAUUUAUUUAUGCCACUAAUUCUGACAGGAAUGAGAUCGUAGAGACCAUCGUAUACAGCUCCGCACAGCUGCUAAACGCAUCGAUCACGCACUGUUUGUCGCAAUACAUUUCUUGGAAAUAUGAAGGGUGUGAGUAAGCGGACUCUCUUAUAUCUCAGCGCUUGGAGUUAAAUCAGGGCAUUCAGUUUGAGGUGGACCUAGAGCGAGGAGCAUAGAAGCUUCAAUCAAGCCACAGGCACAGUGCAUUUUAAAGAGACAAAGGUAAAUUUUUAUCUUGUUUGUUCAUAAGGCUGCCGUUUGAUUUUAGAUUUGGCGAAAGAGAUCAAGUUUUAUAUAAAAAGAAGUAUGUUGCCCUGUUUUGGCUCUUGGAAUCAUAAAGGCGAAAUGCUUCUCUUCAAGGCCUUCCAGAGUAUGGGAAAUCAAGGAGAAAGAGCUUUACACGUAAGAAGGUUUUUUUUUUACAAAUUCGAUACCGGUUAUACGUCAAUGACAUAAAUCAUAUAUAGCCUGAAUUGGUGUAAAUGUUUGCAAGACAUCUGCUGAUACACAGAAAACAGUUCUCGGAGAGAACGAUCAUGACGUUUAUGAAUGUAAAUAUUAACGCAGUUUUGCAAACUUGACAGUGCUUUCUGUUCGAUUCUUAUUUUUUCUAAGGUUCAAUCUUUUCUUUCUUUUAAUGGUCGUUGUGCGUUGUGUUUUGGCAAGACUCGGCAUAUUGCUAGUACGUAAAAGUGGAAGUGUUUUUGCCGAACGUGUUUUCUUUCUCAUUUCAUCAAGACAGAAAAAAAAUCGCCUUUAAGAAUUUCUGAACAAAGUUAAAAGCAAUACUUUGAUCUUUGCAAACUAAGAAGCUGUUUUGAAACAGUGUAGCCUAUCUCCCGCCUAUGGAAAAUCCGUAGCCUUUGUUUACUAAGGAAAUCCCGAAGACAAUGCGGAAGUUUACCUGUUUCUAAGAAUUGUGUGGUCGUACAGUGGAUUAAGUUUGAAGGUGGAAAUAUCACGGUGAGGAUAAAAGCUACCGGUAGUCUUCAGUGGCUAAAACACUGCGAGUCUGCAGUUAAUUAAUUGUCUCAAACCCUUACAGAAAAUAUGCAAGAUCUACGUGGAGCAAGCGUACUAACUCCUAUCCCAAGACAAUCAAGAGAAUUACGGCAGCACGAACGAGAUUUGGAGAGGCAGCUCAGAGAAAUGCGGCAAGGCGAAGAAAAUUUGCAAAGACAGUUGAGGGAGUUACAGCAAAACUCGCAAAGACAGCAGCAACGCGAAGGAAACCUUCAAAUGCAGCUGAGGGAGACACAGCAACGUGAAGAAAACUCACAAAGGCAGCUGAGAGAGAUGCAGCAACGCGAAGGAAACCUUGAAAGGCAGUUGAGGGAGACACAGCAACGUGAAGAAAACUCACAAAGGCAGCUGAGAGAGAUGCAGCAACGCGAAGGAAACCUUGAAAGGCAGUUGAGGGAGACACAGCAACGCGAAGGAAACUCACAGAGGCAGUUGAGGGAGAUGCAGCAAAACUCACAACGUCAGCUGAGGGAGACACAGCAACGUGAAGAAAACUUAGAAAGUCAGCUUAGGGAGAUGCGGCAGCGAUUUGAAAACUCCCAACAACGGGUUUCCACCUCAGAAAGACAGCUUAGAGACAAAGAGCAGGAAGUAAAUGAGCUUGUGUUAAGUCUUUCGUUAGCCCAGCAAACAAUAAGUGAACAGCAACAACAGAAAUCAUGCGAUUGGGUCAUUUCCCGCGAUGAAAUUCAAAUGACCAACAAAUGCCUUGGCAGGGGAGGCUGGGGAAGUGUUUAUGAAGGCGUGUAUUGUGGCUGUACUGUAGCGGUAAAGCAAAUUCAUGAUCUGAUUCUUUCCCCUCAUAAUAUUCGUCUUUUUGAGAGAGAAAUGAAUAUUGCGUCCAAGUGCCGCCAUCCUCACUUGCUGCAGUUUAUCGGCGCCACUAAUGAUGAAGGAAACCCUCUGUUUGUGACGGAGCUGAUGGAGAAAAGUCUGCGAGCUCUGUUAGAACAGCGGCAACUCUCCGAGAUAGAAAUACGUGCCAUUCUUCUGGAUGUAGCCCGAGCAAUCAACUACCUUCAUCAGAAGAAACCAGAGCCUAUCAUUCACCGGGAUGUGAGCAGUGCUAAUGUGUUGCUAUGGCGACAAGGUGACCAAUGGAGAGGCAAAGUGUCAGAUUAUGGCACUGCUAAUUUCAUGCAGCAGACCAUGACAGUGGCUCCUGGAGCUAUGAUUUACUGCGCGCCUGAGGCACUUACAUCAAAGCAAACGGUCAAG